UAGAUUUUAUUAAUAAAUUACUGAUAAAGAUUUAUUUAUCUUGAAACUAUCUGAUAAUGUCUGAUUAUGCUUUCAAUUUAAUUUGUUUUAUUAACGUUAACCAUGGGGUGGUUCGAUUGUUUCUUACCGCCGAAAAGUAAUGUGAGUGUUAGAAGAAGUACAUAUACAGGAAACUCUUCAGGUGAGCAAAUUGCUCGUGCAUUAACGAAAACAAAUAGACCAGGAAAUCCUAAACAGCCAAAAACGAUUCAAAAUAGUAAACCAGCUAUAAACAAAAAGAAACCUCCUGCUCGUCCACCUCCACCUCUCACAACUUGUUCUAAUCCAAAGAAAGAUAACAUUAAGUUGCAAAGAAAAUCUCAAUUACGAGGUGAUGAAAGAAAACUGUCGAGACCUUCAGAUUCACCUCCUUUUCCCCCAACAGAUGAUACUUGUAUGACAUUGGAGAAGAAACAAAAACUAAAGCAAGACGCAAUUGAACAAAACAUUAUUGAAAUGAUAAAUGGGUUCAAAGAACGCAUUCAAAAAUUUGAAGGAGAGAAACAAGACCCAGAGUUCGUUAGAAUUGACGACGGUAUAAGAAAUGCGAUCGUUCAAUUGAAAAAUGAAAACGAAACAAAACCAAACCUCUACUUUGACAAUUAUAUUAAAGAACUAAGACAGUUACUAAUUGAAUUAAAUAAUAAAGCGGACAAUUUGAAAGAUGAAUCCGAAAAUGGCGUCAUCAAAAAGCUGUACAAGAAACUAUAUACUAUAGAAAAUAUGACAACUACGUUACAAAAAGAAGUUAACGAGUUUUCGGGAACUGAUGAAAAAGAGUAUCUGUAUCUAAGUACUAGUCUAAUGCAGUUGCUCACGGAAGUGGAUAAAAUCGAUUCCGUUGAAUAUCCUAAUUUGAAACAGCAAAAGAAAAGAGUAAUUAAGAAAAUCAAACAAACUAAUCAAAUUUUGGAAAUGAUAAAGGAGUUUGGCAAAGAGAAAGCUGUACAAGUUUUACCGGAUAUUUAUCGUGAAAUUAAUUUUAAUAUUAAUAUGACAGAAAAUCAAUCUAAUAAUGAAAAGAUUAAUUUGAACGAGGAACGAAAACAUGAAAAAACACAAGAGAUGAAAAUGAUAGAUAAACAAAUUAACUCAUUCAAAAGUCAAAUUAAGGAGUUCGAUGGAUUUAGAAAUGAUCCGCAGUUCACUUAUAUCGACAACAGUAUAAGAAGUGCCAUUAUACAAUUGAAAAAUAAUAAAUCGAUAAAUUCAAAUGUUAUCGAUAAUUAUGUUGCUAAUUUAAGGCAGUUGUUGGAACAGUUAAUAAUGAAAGCAAAUGAAGAAAAAUCAGAAGACGUAAUAAUAAAGAAACUUCAAAAUAUAAAUAAAAAGGCAACCCAAUUGAAACUUGUAAUUGAGAAUUUUGGUGGGAACAACCAAAAAGAAUCAGAAAAUUUGGAGCAUCGUUUAAUAGAAUUAUAUCAAGAGAUGGACAAUAUUGACAUUUUUAAAUAUUCUGCCUUGAGAAAUCAAAGGAAACAAGUUGUAAAAGAGCUUGACAAAAUUUUUGAUAUCUUGGAUUCAAAGCAUUAAAAUUAUAUAUUAUAUAUAUUCUAUCUAUAUGUGUGUUUAGUACUUAUGCCAUAUUUUCUCCAAAUAAAAUAAAUACAGAUUUUUUUACAUAAAAUUUACCCUAUAUGUCACCAAAUUAUACCGACUUUUUG